CAAAUCACAACGAAAAAGUAUUUUUUAUGUAUAUAAAAGUUUGUUUUUUAGAUCGAUAAGCAUGAACAUUACGUGCACCAUUUGCAGCGAAUUAUUCAUAAACUCUUCCGACAUUUAUUUCACUCAGUGCGGUCACGUUUUCCACUACACUUGCCUCCUUAACUGGCUGGAAAGGUCGCGGACAUGCCCGGAAUGUCGUACGAGGACCACCCAAAAAACCAUACACAAAGCCUACUUCAAUGUCUCGACUCUCGAUCAAACCGCAGACCCUGCUACUUUGCUACACAAAAUAGACAAUUUGAAUUUUUCCUCGACGUUGAAAGACAAGGAGAUUAAAAACUUUAAAGAAGCCAGCGAGAAAUUGACUGAGAAGAACAGAUUGUUGAGGGAAGAAGUGGCCAAGUUAAUGGAUAACGAGAGAAGUUUGGUGUCUUCCACUCAUAUUUUAAAAGACCGCUUGCAGCAUUACAAAUCGAAGGUGAAGGAGACCGAUAAGCUGGUCGAAGAGAUAUCCAAUUUGAAGGGCGUUAUUAGAAGUAUGGAAAAUGCGGAGAAAGUUAUUCACGGAACGAGGGCGCAGGUCGAAGAUUUGCUGAGAAACGAGCACAAUUCCGAUGCCUUGGCCCUGUUAGCAGCCACUUUAAAAAAGGCUCUUUUGGAUUCCGAAAAGAAAGCUAGAGACCUGGAUUACAACUUCAAAAAGCUGAAAAACGAAUACGCGAAGUUGAAUAGAACUUAUACCAAAGCAGAAGCCGAAUUAGUGGAUGUUAGGAAAAAAUUGCUGGACAUGAAAAUCAAAAACGAAAGUAAAGCUUUAAGAAAGAGGCAGAAAUUAUCUGAAGAAAAUAACAUCAUUCUUACUGAUCCCGAGAAGGAUAAUGCCUCCUUAACACCACCAUCAGAAUGUGACUCCACAGUCCAAUUGUACAGUAACCAAAGCAAAGACAUUAGCUUAAAUGAAUCUCUAAUCAUACCUAAACAAGCGGAGAAUGUUACAAACGUAGUCAACGCAGAUUCCCCGUAUUUACCAGUAAAAAAAAACAACUACGGAUCUCUUACUUUAAAUAAGCUACCUCUAAAAGAAAAGUAUUCUAUAUUCAAGUCGAGCCAGCACUUGUCGGAUACUAAAGUAGAACCGAAGAAGGACAUAUUUUACAACGGCUUGGGAGCAUCACAGAAAGAGGAUAAAUUUCCUUCGGCCAAAUCUACUGGAAACGGUUCGAAGAGAAAACCCAAUUCCGGUUUAUUGCCGUCGAAGAAAUUCAAGAAACUCGCCCCUACCAGCAGCUCGAAUACCAAAAUUACAGAUUUUGUUGACUUGAGUGGUUAGCUACCACAGAAAUUGCUAUAAUCAUCGUAAUUAUUUCGUAUACACUGUUUUCGAGAGAUAUUCUAUGAACACAACAGUACUCUUACAGUGUACAUUCGAGUUCAGGAAAAUAUUGUUCUACAACCAACAUUCGCC